AUGACUUCGGCGCCGGGCUCGACGGCAGCCUCGCCUAACGCGCUCGAUAGCGUCGCCGCGCUCAAGGUCGACCGAGGCCUUCUGGUGAGCGCUGCAGGCCGGCCCCAAGCGGCCAAGAUGCUUGAGGCAUCGGUGGCGAGCUGGAAGAGCGUGGGAAUUACCACGGUGGCAGAAGGCGUUGAUCAGCCGAGCUUCUGGCAUUCGCGCAGGCCGCCGGCCGCGUCGCUCGUACUGUCGCCAUCGAAUCCGUUGGCACGGUGGAGCGCGCGGGCCGAAGGCGCAGUCCAAGCCGCUCGUGCGCAACGGGCAGUAGCACUCGCAACGGCGCCGGCACCGGUGGCCGCCAGUGGCGCUCACGCCGACCAGCCCAUCGCCGGCCUUUACAAGCGCCUACUCGGCGAGGGCACAUCUAUCUCGCGUCCACGCGACCUGCGUCGAGCAGGUGGAGGCGGCCCCGGCCAGUCGAGGCAGGGCGAAGCGCGCCUGUGCUCCGCCCAGGCUGAAGACAUCAAACCUGAUCGGACGACCGAACUGACUGCCCUUACCGCGCUGGUGGUGCCGGCGUGGCCUACGGUGAUCAGGUCAACCGCGCCGCUACGGGCGGUAGCUUCGACGUCACGGUGUUCCGUAACCUGGCAGGCGCCAUGGAUAAGAUCGCGCCAGGGCAGUCGUCGCCUCCUGGAUCCUACCCGUAUGCGCGCUGUCCUGACCGCAGGUAUGCAGAGCUCGAACGGUGCGUUCCUGGGCCAUAUGAAAGACGGCGGCCGCAUGUCCCACUCCAUGGUGCAGGCGUCGAACCUCGUACCUGACGGUGGAAAGGUCGCGGCCGAAUUUACGGAGAUGGCAAGUUCAGAAAGGCAGGAGCUUCUCCCGGUGAAGCGGCAGGGUGGUGCCGGCGUGGCCCUGCAGGAGCGCGUACUUCGAUCGCUUUCCGACCGGAUGAGUGAACUCGAUCGCCUCAAGCCGAUCCAUCGGACAACGCUACAGCACCAGGAGUGCGCUGAAAUGAUGAUUGAAAACGACUACGGCCUGGAUCUGGAGUGCCUUGCAUGA